UCAGAGUUUGGUUCACCACAUGCUGAACUCCUUGAAAGCUCGUUCCAGACCAUCUUUGCAUGUCAUUAUUGGGGCGAUGCUUUGCUAAAGCUCAUUGAAGUUGUUACUGUACAAUCUGUUAUGGCUAUGAUCCCACAUCAAUUUCUGGGU